AUGGCUGCUCUGGCCCGGCUUGAGGCGAGGCUAGUGCUGCUGCGGGAGGAAUAUUUCCGUAAGAAAAGAUCUGUAGAUGAAAAGAGAAAAAUAGAGUACAAAGCUGUUGUCAAAAUCCAGAGCUGGUUUCGAGGUUGUGCAGUUCGAGCCUAUCUAAGAUAUUUGAACAAAAUGGUGAUUUUUAUACAGAAGUGGUGGAGAGGUUAUCGAAGCAGACGAUACUUCAGAAAAAUGGUGGAGACAGCAUAUUUUAUUAUGAAGAUGAAUUUCUACAAUGAAAUGGCUGUCAGGAUUCAGAAAAGAUGGCGAGGCUAUUAUGUUCGGAGAUAUAUCCAUAAUUAUUAUGCACUGAAGAAUUACUUGGAAGCCAUUUCUGUGAAUAAUGAGUUUGUCAGAAUUGAACUCCAAGAGUACACAGAAAUGAAGGAAAAAGAAGAGAAAAGGAAAGAACUAGAAAAGAAAGAAAAGGAAAAGAAAUACCAAGCCCGAAAGAUGCAUUACCUCCUUAGCACUGAGCAGAUUGCAGGCAUAUACAAUUCACCGUUCAGAAAAUCACCUGAUCCAAUGGAACUGCUGCUACAGAAGUCAAAGCCAUUGAGCCACAGACGGCAGCAAGUGAAGAGUCCCUUCGCCGAUGACAUCUAUGACUGGCCAACUUGUAGAAGGCCUCCAGCUUUUGCCACAGCACAGUCCCUGCCUCCUAUUGACAGGCAGAAGCCUCAGGGGCCUUUCCGCGAUCCUGCUGAAGUAUUGCGGCAGCGGUACAAGCCUUUGGAACCAACCUUGCGAGUGGCAGCAUCAAUCAAUUCACCACUAGAGAAGGCCAGAGAGGAAAUGGAAAGGGAGGAAUGGAGAAACAGUAUACAUGACAAUGAAUUUCUGCAAUUUUCUUCAUAUCGUAAAAACGAGAAAUAUGAACCGUCAAUUCAUAGGUCGGGCAAAUAUGGCCAAGAAACUUAUGGAAUUAAACACUUCCGAGAAAUACAGCCUAAGAAAUGGGUAGUGGACAAGGACUUUCAAACAGUGUUACCACCGAUUGUUCUCUUCGAUAAGUUUGGAAAAACUUAUUCCAGGGCUGGGCAAAUAGUGUAAUCGUCCUGUAAACGACACAAUAUAAGACACCUGAUAAGUAAUCAAUAAAUGUAUUUGAGUGA